CGGUGGGAAAAAUAACGCAGCGAACGAAACAAAACUGUGUAACAUCCAAAUGGGCCUCCAUGGCAACUAUGGUUCCUGCUAGGAGACGUUGAAUCGGUCCUGGGUGGUGAAAACCCGCGGGAAUAGCGCCAUCUUCCGGAAAAAUAAGCUUCAGGCACGAUUUAUUUUUGGUUUUCCAAAUUAUUGUUUUGACAAAAGUUAACAAAUACCUAAAUAUAGACUUGGUUGUUUGUAAAUGUAACUUCUGUGCUUACAGAAGGCAGCCGUUAGUCAGUGUAAAUGGCGAAAAGAUUAUUUUGUUCUCCAAGCCAAAGUAUAAGUUUCAAGUUUCGGGAAGCCUCUUUUGACCUACUCACAGAUUUCCUUAUUAAUCUCAACAAAAGAAACAAAGAUAACCUCAACAGUUUAUCAAAAUGUAGCGGAAACUUCAAAGAUAAAAGACUAAUUGAAUACAUCUUCCUGAUAACUAAAGAACUGAGACUUGAUCCACUGGCUGGAUACCAUGCCAUUGAAUUACUUCAAAGGUUCAUGAUCAAGCACCUUACAGAUUUGUUGACCACACCAACACCUCAAGGUGCAGCUGCUAAUCCACCAAUAAAUUAUGAGGAUGCUGUGUUUGACAAGCUCAGGGAGAAAUUCCCCCUCAUCAUCUUCUCCUGCGUGCAACUUGCAAGCAAACUGUCUUUGCACAGUCAUAUCAUCGACAACAAUACUGCUGUACGCUUUCUGCAUUCAGUCGGCCACAGUGUUUCCAAGCAGACUCUCCUGGAAUCAGAGCUGAUGAUCUUAAAAGGGCUUAAAUUCAGACUAAACACCCCUAACCCACUGACAUAUGUGGAAAUCCUUCUGGAGGUGCUUGGACACAAUGAGCCAUCCAUCCCUGUGGAGGGCCUGUAUCCCCUGUGCCACCAUGUUCUCCAGUUCGUCAGCCUACAGAGAAAUGCCAUCUACGCCUCCUUGUUAGUCACUACCACUCAGUGUGUCAGCCCAUCCAGAGAACAGAGAGAGAGGUUUGUGACCGUGACUGAAGACUGCAUGCUUCUUGGUGUUGGUGUUGUCGCCGUGGCUACAUUCAUCCUCUACGUCAGAAAAUGGGAACAGGUUGUGGGAGAACUGAGUCACAUCACAGGAAUCUCAAGGAGGAGCAUCAGCGAUUUCGCUCAUGUUACAUUGAUGCACAUUGUUAGAACCAGUUCCCCUGUAGCAUCCACUCGAGUCUCGACAACACUCAUUCACUGAAUACUGCUUUAUAUUCUUACUGUUUUUGGUAACAUCUCAUGUAAUGAAAUGGUGCCAAAAGAAUAAAUCACUAUGGAGCAUUUACAUCGUUAAAAUAAUAACUGUUUGUUAGUGAUAGGCAUGUCUAGAUUAUUUUAAUUGUGAUUUCUUUAAAACUAAAUUAAUAUUGAUAUUGCAAUUGUGAAAAUACACUUAAAAUGUUAACCUGUCAGUAUAGAUUAUUGUCUAAAUCUCUUAAAGCAUUAUUAUAGCAAUGAACACUUGAUACUUUGCAAAAUGUAAUAAAU